AUGGCUACCAACGUUGGCCACGAAGUCACCUCCGAGGACGUCCGCAAAAUCGAGGCCCAAGAAGCCAAAUUCCAUGGCGGCAAGCUCCCAGUCUCGAGGAAGGCGGCGAAGCAGCUGCUCUCAAGGUUCCAAAAGCUCUCGGAACAAGAAUCCAAAGCCGAGCAAAUCGACCGCGUCAAGGCCAAUCUCCCGCUCCCCGACCAGCCAGUAGGCGGUGCGAGCGCCGAUCUUCAGUCUGCGGAUCAGAGAACGGUCAAUGUGGGCAGCGGCGGUGUCAACGUGAAGUUGGGAGCUAGUGAGAAUGGACUGGGAGGAGGACCGGCGACCGCGGAGAGCAGUGCACGGGUUGAUGGGGAGGAGUUGCGGAAGCCGACCCAACCGUAA